AUGCGCAACGAACGCAAAGCACCCGACAUCUCCGAUAUCCUGCCCUCCAUCCGUGCCCGAGGCGUUCAGCAACCUUUGCUCGUGCGCAAGAACGGCAGCGGCUACGAAAUCGUUGCCGGAAGACGGCGCUUCCAUUGCCUCAAAAAAAUCAUGAAGGAAGGUGGGGAAGUCGAACCCGUCCCUUGCGCCAUCAUGAAAGACGCAGAUGACGCUGCCGCGAUCGAAGCAUCGCUCAUCGAAAACAUCGCACGCCUCGCACCUGAUGAAAUGACGCGCUUCGAAACCUUUGCCCGUCUUGCUGCAGAGGGGCGCGGCGUCGAAGAAAUCGCAGCAACCUUCGGUGUAACCGAGAUCAUGGUCAGACGCUCGCUUGCCCUCGGCAAUCUCCUGCCCGAAAUUCGGAACGCGUCCCGGCAAGGCGAUAUCGAUCCGGAAACCGUUCGUCACCUGACGCUCGCGACGUGUAAGCAGCAAGCAGACUGGUUCAAGCUGUUUGAUGACCCGCAGCAACGCGAACCGCGAGGCCGUCAGCUGAAACAAUGGCUCUUCGGCGGUGAACUCAAACUGGAAGCAGCGCUCUUUCCCCUCGAUGCCUAUUCCGGCGAAAUCGUUACCGAUCUCUUCGGUGAAACUGGAUAUUUUUCAGGCAACGAUCAGUUCUGGCAGCUCCAGAACAAGGCCAUCGCCGAACGCUGCGACGCCUACAAAGACGACGGCUGGGCCGACGUCGUCGUGCUCGAUCCCGGGGCAUAUUUCCAGCGCUGGGACCACGUGGAAACCGCAAAAGAAGACGGUGGCCGGGUCGUUGUCGAAGUCAGAACGAAUGGCGAGGUGACCUUCCACGAAGGCUACCUCACGCGAAAGGAACAUGACCGGCGUCUCAAAAAGUCUGGCAGUAAGGCGCAAGAAAACGAAGAAGCGCAGCCCGCCCGCGCCGAACUGACUGCCGCCGCGCAGAACUAUGUCGCGCUCCACCGCCAUGCCGCAGUUUGUCUCGCCAUGAUGAAAGACCAGCCACUGGCAAUGCGCGUCAUGGUCGCUCACGCCAUCUGCGGAUCAGACCUCUGGCAAGUCCGCCCGGAACCGCAAAAAGCCGACCGGGAAGCAAGCGCCGUGAGCCUUGCAAACUCCAAGGCGCAAGCGGCAUUCGACGCCGAGCGGAAAGACAUUCUGACGCUGCUCGGCCUUCCUGAGAAGGGCCCGACGCUGACGCGUCCCUUUGGUGCGGACCUUCGCAUCGGUGCACUUCUUACCACCUUGAUCAAACUAGCCGAGACGGAUGUCAUGCGUAUUCUGACCUUCGUUAUGGCCGAAACCUUGAGCGCCGGGACCAGUUUGAACGAGCAGAUCGGCAACCACCUCGAAGUCGAUAUGACCGGACUCUGGGAACCGGAAGAUGCAUUUUUCGAACUUCUCCGGGAUAAAUCCGCACUCCAUGAAAUCCUGAAGGAAACCGGGGGAAAAGAGAUUGCCAACGCCAAUAUCAGCACCACGGCAAAAGCCCAGAAACAGGCGAUCCGGAACAGUCUGAAGAUAGCGCAAGACGACAGUGCAAACGCCCAGUGGCUGCCGCGUUACCUGAAAUUUCCCUUCACCGCCUACACCAGAUCCGGGGCUGGACGGCUCAGCGAAAUGGCUGCUCGCGCUCAAAAACUUUCCGGCUGA